CUGGGGUACCAGGCUUCAGCAAAGAAAGCCCAAAUUUGCAGAUCCGAGGUAACCUACUUGGAGUAUUUGUUAAGAGAAGGCCAUCGAUGGCUCACUGAUGCACGGAAGGAAACCGUCCUCCGCAUCCCCCAACCCCCCCCCCCCCGACCCACAACGCGAAAGCAGGUAAGAGAAUUCCAGGGAUCGGCCGGGUUCUGCCGCUUGUGGAUACCUCGGUUCGCCGAGAUGGCUAAACCUCUUUACCUGGUCACCCGAGAACAGGCGCCCUUUGAGUGGACAGAGAAAACUGAGCAGACUUUCCAGCAAAUUAAACUCGCCCUGUUGUCGGCGCCAGCCUUAGGGCUCCCCGAUGUCUCCAAACCCUUUCAUCUCUUCGUAGAUGAAAAUAAGGGGGUAGCCAAAGCAGUUUUGACGCCACUCCUUCGUCCAUGGCCCAGGCCCAUUGCCUAUCUUUCAAAAAGACUAGACCCAGUAGCAGCUGGCUGGCCCCCUUGCCUCCAUAUGAUCGCUGCUACAGCUCUAAUGGUAAAGGAUGCUGAUAAGUUAACUAUGGGACAAGAGUUACAUGUUACAACCCCUCAUGCCAUCGAGGGAGUCCUCAAACAACCUCCUGACUGAUGGAUAAGUAACGCCCAACUGGUUCACUACCAGGGACUAUUAUUAAAUCCCCUCAGAAUCAUUUAUGCUCCCCCCCGAACACUAAACCCUGCCUCCCUGUUACCAGACCUGGACUUAGAUACCCCCCUCCAUGACUGCACUGAGGUAUUGGCACAGGUUCAUGGAGUUCGGGAAGAUUAACAGGAUCACCCUCUACCAGACGCCGAGGUUACCUGGUUCACUAACGGCAGCAGCUUUGUACAUCAGGGUCAAAGGUACAUGGGGGCAGCAGUCACAAUUGAAACUGAGACUGUUUGGGCAGAGCCUUUGCCAGCUGGCACCUCUGCCCAACGGGCUGAACUUGUGGCCUUAACCAAGGCACUGACUUUGGGAAAAGACAAGAGACUAAACGUGUAUACUGAUAGCAGAUAUGCUUUUGCUACGGCCCACAUACAUGGAGCUAUAUACAGAGAGAGAGGACUGUUAACUGCAGAGGGGAAAACUAUCAAAAACAAAGAAGAAAUAUUGGCUCUUUUAAAGGCACUCUGGCUGCCUAAACGACUAGCCAUCAUACAUUGCCCAGGCCACCAAAAACCGAUUACACCGGUGGCCAGAGGAAAUAAUUUGGCUGACCAGGUGGCCUGAGAGGCAGCCUUACAGGUGGACUGUGCUUUAAUGACCACCCUACCAGACCCCAGUUCAGCUAGUUUACCAGAAAAUCCCGCCUACACUAAAGAAGACCUAAACUGGAUCCAAAAAUUACCUUUAACUCAGUGCCUUAACGGAUGGUGGAGGGCAGCAGACUGUAGCAUAAUUCUCCCAGAAGAAAUGGGAAAUAAAGUCUUAUCCAAGAUGCACCGAGCCACUCAUAUGGGCACAAGAAAAAUGCAAGACUUAAUAAGGCAUGCUAGAAUCACCAUUAAAGACUCCAGGACAAAAAUCGAGCAGAUAGUUACUAGCUGUAAAGCUUGCCAACUAACUAACGCCACCAACCACGGGAAAAACCCUGGCUCCAGAACCCGCGGAACCAGGCCGGGAACCUAUUGGGAAGUAGACUUCACCGAGGUAAAGCCUGGAAAAUAUGGAUAUAAAUAUUUGUUAGUGUUUAUAGAUACCUUUUCAGGAUGGACAGAGGCCUUCCCCACCAAGCAUGAGACUGCGCAGGUAGUAGCAAAGAAAAUGUUGGAAGACAUCAUGCCCAGGUACGGAUUCCCUACCCUAAUAGGAUCAGACAACGGACCAGCAUUCAUUUCAAAGCACACCCACCAGGAAGUUUGGCCCAGAUUGAGAGCCAUUUAUGAGAACGGGCCCCCUCCUGAGCCGCAUCACUACCGACCCGGAGAUUGGGUAUACGUGCAGAGACACAAGCAAGAGACCCUCCAACCACGGUGGAAGGGACCCUACAUUGUGAUCCUAACCAUACCCACUGCUCUCAAAGUCGACGGGAUUGCUACCUGGAUCCAUUACACCCACGCCCGACCAGCUGAUCCCUUUGCGGUUCAAGAAGACUUUGUGCCGGAAGCCAACACCGCCUGGACGGUUGACCAGAGUAAGACCUAUCCUUUAAAAUUGACUCUGCGUCGAAAACCUGACCCUGAAAACCGGCUGAGACCAAAGGCCUGGGUGUCCCAUACCAAGACUGUUGCAGCAGCUCUGGACCCACCAUGAUCGGAGGAACACUCAUUAGCGUGCUCCUGCUCACCUCCUAUGGACUGAUAAGUAUUGCGAGCAACCCCCAUAUACCCUAUACUUUAACUUGGGAGGUUUCUAAUUUGGAAACCCAGGAAGUCUAUAAUACUACCACAGCAGACGAUACUCCCCUAAAUGCCUGGUGGCCUGAUCUAUAUUUUAACCUAGAGGACGUAGCCGUAACCAUGGGGGUACUUCCCCCCAACGGAAGCCGCCAGCGUCCUAAUCCGUCAUGGACCGGAACCCCAGAAAAUGAAAAAAAGCGCAUAAGAUCUGGUGGGUUUUAUGCAUGUCCCGGGUUCAGAACAGGAGCAAUGAAAAAAACCUGUGGAGGAAUCGAAUCCCUCUACUGUAAGGCUUGGAGUUGUGUUACUACCAAUGAUGGAAGCUGGAAAUGGGAGGUAAAACCCCAUUAUAUUGACAUGAAAUUUGCCAGCCCCUGUCCCAAGCAAACCCGUGCCUGUAACCUUAUUCGUAUCAAAUUCCUAGAGGACGGAAAAAAGGAGACAAGAUGGAUUACGGGACUAAAUUGGGGAAUUUACCUGUAUCGGGGACCGCCUUACUUUGCAACUGUUAUUCAGAUAAGAUUAAAAAUAAAACCCAAAGCUUCACCAACACUAAUAGGGCCAAACCAGUCAGUAUGGCCCACAAGUAAGCCUAAUACUACCCCGCGGUCCACAAAUAAGGGUGGUUUGAAUCCUGGUUCAACGCGUCCCCUUGGUUAACUACCCUGCUCUCCGCUUUACUCGGGCCUCUGGCCAUUCUACUUCUCGCUCUCAUAUUAGGCCCCUGCAUCGUAAACAAAAUUAUUAAUUUUGUCCAAGACAGGUUCAAUGCUAUACAACUAAUGGUCUUACGAACUCAGUACCAACCGCUCGAGACAUUACAAAUAGAAAAUUGAAGAUCCAAGAUUGGCUCUUUAGGCACAAGAAAAAGGGGGGAAUGAAAAGAACAGCUUUAAAUCCAAAUGACAGCCCUGCCUUAGUUUAAAGCUAAGUUCUCUUUUCUGCUUAUUAUGGAUCUUUGAUAAAAAAUACAAUUGCUGAGAAGUCUGUUUUGCUUGCUGUUUGCUACGAGCAUUGUGAAACCUUUCCUGAAUGUAACUCGCUAUGUAAUAGAGUAAGUUGUGAAACUUCCUAAAUGUAGCCUGGUAAGUAAUAGAAUAAGUGAUUGUACAUGAACUAACCGGCAUUUCUCGCUUCUGUAAACCUGCUUGCUUAACACAUUCCUCCCCUACCCCCUUCCCCCUUCCCCCUUUUCCUCCUGCCACAAGUAAGGGACAAAGCCUUCCCGCCAAAGAACAGACAAAGGACGCCCAAUCAGAGAACAACAAAUGUCCUUACUUUAAAACCAACUAAUCAGGCCCCUCAUAAUUUGAAACCUCCCCUGUGCUAUUUGUCUCUGUCUAUAAAAACGCUGUACCAACCCUGAUCGAGGCCUCUACUCGUCACUGGCGACGAGUGCGCAGAGGUCCAGGUUUGAACCAGCAGUAAACGACCCUUGCCGCUUGGCUUUGA